UCCGAUGAAUUUCACGGGAGCAACUAUAAGUGCGCGAGAGAGAGAGAGAGAGAGAGUUGCGUGUGUGCGCGACCCGACUCACCCGACUCCGAUGAAAUGAAUGAAAAAAGGAAAGACUGCACGGCACCAUACUUAUUGUUCUUGUAGUGCGCGUCCCCGUGUGUGCACGUAUCUAUACGUAAACGUAUAAAUAUAAACGGAUGUGUUUGCAUGUGCAUUGAGAGAAAAUCGGUGAUCGGUGUACUGCACGCUGUAUAUUGAACCAUAAUUGUCAAAUACGUACAACCAAGGGAGAUAGAUCAGGUUGGCUUGCCGUUGUAUCCACUUCGAGGGAAGAUACAUUAUUGUACUUACUCUCUCCCGUUGGUGCGCGUAUCCGCGCGGAGGAAGAGGAGGAGAUACGGAGGAUCGAUAAGAGUAGGUGGUGGUGGUACACACUCGCGCGUUGGACGUAUACCGUGCCACUCGCUCUCGUCCGCAAAAGCAUCCGCGCGCGCGCGCGCGCGCCCCAGCAGCCAGCCCCCUCGUAUAGGUAGUAUACAGCCGAUGCAGAGAGCUACUCCUCGUUUUCGCUGCUGCGGCUGAUGUGUUCUCUCGGUCGCGCGAGUAAAUAUGCAUCAGGGCGGCUGCUGGUGCGGGUGUAUAACUUAUAUUAUAUAGGCACAGUCCACCACCAGCGUUUACGGUGAAUCACUGCAUCCCCAUCGAGCAAGUAAGCGCGCCAACGUAUACGUGUGAAUGGGCUCGACCCGUGCAGCCUCGGAGCAGGAAGUGCAUGCCUCCUCCUUCUCCUCAUCUUUUUCUUCCUCAAUGAGCGCUCAUCGUGGCGGAGGCUCCCAUCAGUAGUAGUAGUAGUGGCGGUGGUAGUGGCAACAGCAGCGGCUGUAGCAACGGCGUUGGCUGCACUUUGGUCUCGAGAGUGAAGCACACACGUAGGAGCCAUGCCAGCGGGUACGGAGGAGGUUCGGCGACAGGAGGAGGAGGAGGUGCACGGGGAUGACGAGAGGGUAAGCUGCGAGUGGCUGUGCCGGGAGUUGGGGACCGGUAGCCAAGGCCGACUGCUCGUGCUCGAUUGCCGUGGUGCCGGUGAUUACGCCGAGGGGCACAUAAGGGGCUCGGUCGCCCUGGCGAUACCCAGUAUAAUGCUCAGGCGAUUGGCCGCGGGCAAGGUCGAGCUGCUCUCGACUAUCAAGUGCCUCGAGCUGCGCGCUAGGGUCGAGCUGUUACUCGGGCUGGCGGUCAAGGCGCACGCGGCCAACCAACACUGCGGCCACGAGCGCGGCAGUUUCGUCCUCGUGGGCGAUUCCACCGAGCCAGCCGGACACCAGGGUGAGACCAUUCACGUGCUCGCCAGGCGGCUACGCAACUGCGGUGGCUCGGUCGCCACCCUCGAAGGUGGUUUUGGAACGUUCAAGGACAGGUAUCCGGAGUGGUGCGAGGGAAGUCACAGUUGCACCGAGGGCCCAACAAACCCCGACACGAACGAGGGAGAGCUCAUGGGUCUGAGAUCACUUCGAAUAUCCACGCCGCCGACGAGGGCUUACUCGGACUCCGACAGCGACAGUACCUGCGAUUCGAUAGGUCCGGAGGAGGACAAGGACUUUCCGGUGGAGAUACUGCCUCACCUGUACCUCGGUAACGCCGCAAACAGCGAGGAUAGCGAGUCCCUCGCCCGUCACGGCAUACAGUACAUACUCAACGUCACCCCCGACCUGCCCAACGUCUUUGAAAGCGACGGCUCGAUCAAGUACAUGCAGAUACCGAUAAGCGAUCAUUGGAGCCAAAAUUUGGCGAGCUUCUUCCCACAGGCCAUACAGUUUAUCGAAGAGGCGCGCAACUCCGACAAGGGCGUACUGGUGCACUGUUUGGCCGGGAUAUCGCGCUCGGUGACGAUAACCGUGGCGUACCUCAUGCACAAGUGCAACCUCAGCCUGAACGACGCGUUCAACCUGGUGCGCAGCCGCAAGUCCAACAUAGCGCCAAACUUUCAUUUCAUGGAGCAGCUGCACAGCUUCGAGCGGGAGCUGCGAGAUCUGAGGAACCGCGCCGGUGGCGACGGCGGCACACCCGGGCCGGGCGGUGACGGCGGGGCCGCGACUACCACUGGAGCCGCGGUCACGAGUUUCCUAAGCUCGCUGGACCUGGGCCUGAGUCCCGAUUCCGGGAUCGAGUUCGAUCGCUGGGCCGCGAGCACGCCCGCCGACUGAGACGGGCACGGGGGCACCCAAUACCGCUUUUAAGCGCCGAUUAUUGGGUCACCCCCGCGCAACCGCCCCAUACACCUACUGUGUUGUAGAUAAUACAUCAUCAAUCAAUCGUUGUUGCUGUUGUUGUUGUUGUUCUUGUUACUAUUAUUAUUAUUAUUAUUAUUAUUAUUAUUAUUAUUAUUAUUACUGUUGUUUUUGUACGCUAAACAACACGUUUAGUUAUUACGUGAUUUACAUUGUGUAUAUUGCGUACAUACGUUUUUAGGAUUACUGCCGUCCUCACCGAAAGGGGUAUACUACUUGCUCUUCUUCCGUAUCUUCCCUGCUCUUUAUUUUUAAUUAUUAUUAUUAUUAUUAUUAUUUUAAUUAUAGGUACAUAUUAUGUAUGACUCGAGUGUACGGGUUCAAGAAAAUGGAUGUAUAUAUACUCACGGUAUGGGCGUAAAAUUUUUUUUUCUUUUUCUCUCUCUAACAAAUAAAAUGUGCGAACCGUUUCUGAGGCCUUGAUGGGUGCACGACGACGACAGUAUUAUGCAUUUUUACACAAAAUUUAUUUUGCGAAGGUAUGGGAAAAAAAAAAAUUCAGUCUCACAGUUUUUGAGUUGCAAUGCAUGUGGACGAGGGAUAUUUUUUUUGAUUCAUAGUUAUUGCUCAGUUGUUGCUAAAUUUUUUUUUUUUUUUCGUAAAAUUUAAACCUUUUCAGCAUCAGGGUAUACAUCAAGUUCUGUUGAACUCUAUAGAGACAAAAUCCACCCACUAAAACGGGAAUGACCCGCUUGGCAUCUCUGUACGAUAUUAAAAUUGUACACAGUUUCACAGGCUUUUUGCCCUAUUCAGUACUCCCCUAUCUGAGCAUCACUAAUUUUUAUCGACUGUUAACUGUAUAUAUACAAAAAGCCUGCAAGUAUAUUACCGUACCCAUUUUACACGCAUAAAUCUGUAUUUUUACCCACCUAAACGCCUCGCGUAGAGGCUCUAUUAAUUAUCUCUAACAGUUGUUUUUCCAUUUUAACAUUUUAUUGUUAUUGCAACUAAUUAUUAUAAAUAAUUAUAUUUAGUAUU